CUAUCUAUCUAUCUAUCUAUCCAUCCACCCAAACACUAGUGGGCGCUGUAUCUUUUUUGCAAAGUCGGGUUCAUUUUUGUUUCUAAAACAACAAUUGUGACUAAAACCUUUGGAUGAAGUUGGAUGAAAUUGGAAUUAGCUUCCUACUUCCCUAGCCACCCAGCUAAUAGUAGCUCUUUUUAGCUUCCGAGCUAAAAGUUAAAGCUAAUAGUAGGUUAGGACGUCUACGUCCUGCAGUACUAUAGAAGAGCCUUACAAAAACUGGACCUCCCGUUGGUCAAACUGAUGCCCGUAUCCCGGGGAUACGGGCGGCGCCAUCUUGCUCGUUGCCAGAGUAACUGUAGAGGACUCUUCACUCUCCUUAACUCCUCUAAACAUUGCUUAAACAUGUGAGAGCUCAAUAAACUCAGGCUCCACCGAGAUUUCGUAUCGGAUCACUGGAUUCAGAGUCCAGAGUGCUAACCAUUACACCGUGGAACCACUAGGUGGUGCAUUAGGUAUUGUUCUUUGAAGAGUUUAGCCAUAAAACAUAUACAUAGAAAUAUAUAUUAAAAAAAAGUGGACAAAGAUGGAAAUUGGAUCCGUAGCCCAAUUUGCUACUGUCAUCUAUAUAACUAAAAGCAUGUAUGUUUCUAGCUCCACCGGGGUAGCUGUUAGCAUUACGUAGUUGUUGAGUAACCGAGCACGUGAGUGGCGCGCAGAUUUAUUUGUUCCGUGCACACAUCGCUCGCUCCUGCAUGAAGUCGUAUCGUAAGAAAACCAGCGGCGGCAAAACAACUCGCCAACGGCCACGACAAUGUUAUCAGCGGCUGUCAUGACAACGAGAGGCGUCUGGAGUGAUGGAUGGAGACAGCGAGUGGACGGAUGUGACAGCGAAGAUAAGGCGGCCAUUGUUGUGGUUAAUAAGGUGUGUGCGCGGGCCGCUAACGGGAGCGGUCGGGCCGAUGAGAUAUGGACGCGUGACUCACCUGAGCAGCAACAAGAGAAGCUGCAUCAGAUUUCAAGAUUUCUGCAUGGUCAGUUUCUCCACAUGUUUCAGGCAUACAGAAAAAUAAAAAGUUUCUCACAAAAAAUAAACAAUAAAAAAUCUAGUUUGAGCCUUUUGUCUUAUAACUCAACUAAACGUAACGUCAACUGCUGGUAAAUAUCGAGGUAUCUUUACUACAGAAGAUUUAUUUAACCCUACCAUUAUUUAUCUCUGGGGUCAAUUUAACCUAAUGCUAAUGCUACGCGCUACGUCGUCUCACAUAAACUCAGAAGAGUCCAGUCAAACCUCAAAUGCACCGGACGCUAGUUUGUAGAUAGUUUGCUUUACACAUGCUCUUGUGACUUUGCUACAUAGCUAUUUCGAUAUGCUGCAUGCUAAUAGCUAAAUGCGCCCAUCCUUUCGUCAUCUCGUCUAAAUGUAGAAGAUACCAGUCAAAGCUUCAAUGCACAGCAUGCUAGAUUUUAGCUAGUUUGCUUUAAAACGUGCUCUUGUGACUUUGCUACAUGCAACUAGCUACAUGCUGAAUGCUACAUGCUACGUCAUCUCAUCUAAGAAGAAAUCAGUCACACCGGAAAUGCACGGGAUGCUUGUUUGUAGAUAGUCUUAGACAUGCUCUCACGUGUUUGCUACAUGCUACUACCUACUUCCGUUAAGCUGCAUGCUAAAUGCUAGAUGCUGCAUGAACUCAUCUAAUCUUAGAAGAAAUCAGUCAAACCACAAAUGCACAGAAUGCUAAUUUAAAGAUAGUUUGCUCUACACAUGCUGUCGUAACUUUGCUACAUGCUAAUAGCUAUUCCAAUACGCUGCAUGCUAAUAGCUAAAUGCUACAUGUUUCAUCCUCCCACCAAAUCUUCGAAGAAACCAGUCAAACCUCAAACGCACAGGAUGCUACAUGCUCUCAUGACUUAACUACGUGCAACUAGCUACAUGCUGAAUGCUACAUGCUACGUCAUCUCAUCUAAUCUUAGAAGAAAUCAGUCAAACCGGAAAUGCACAGGAUGCUAGUUUGUAGAUAGUUUGCUUUACACAUGCUCUUGUGACUUUGCUACAUGCUACUAGCUACAUGCUGAAUGCUACAUGCUACGUCAUCCCACCUAAUCUUCGAAGAAACCACUGAAACCUCAAAUGCACAGGAUGCUAGUUUGUAGAUAGUACGCUUUACACAUGCUCUUGUGACUUUGCUACAUGCUAAUAGCCACAUUUGAUAAGCUGCAUGCUAACAGUCAAAUCACAAAUGCCUGAGAUGUUACAUCCUUUGUUGUUGUGGAUAUUAAGGCACAGCUAGAUCAGAAUAUUGUUGUGGUGAUGUUAAGCCCGUACCCGUUUGUUGGUAAUUUCUUGUGGUUUUAAAUUAGCUAAAUGCUUCAUGCUACAAACAACAAAUGCACAAGAUGCCUUGUCUGUACAGGAGUUUUGAGUGUACUGUCCCUUUAAGAGCUCAGAUAUGUCCCGUCCCUCACCGUCUCCUCUAACCUUUGCAAAGAACACUCAUGGAGGUUUGUACGGCUGGUUUUUACGUCACCACAUGCCUUGCUGUCUCAUCAAUGCGACUCUACACCUUUGACUUAAUUUCCUCCAGCCCAGCAAGCUCUCCAAGCCAGCAAAACCUCAGACUGAGGACAUGUUGGACAUUUCAGGGGCCGGUCUCAGGGUCCAGGUCAGAAUCGGGCUUCGGGAGGAGGUGCUGUGGACGCACAAUGUCCUCGCAAAGAUAGAAGCGCCCGCAUGUGCGUCGUUACCUCUCAUCUUCAUCAGGAAUCAAACCGUAACUGUAACACCAACGAGGACGACACCGCUGACGCAACACCAAAGGUCACCAUGGAAAUGACCGAGCAGGGCAGAGACCUCCCAGUGACACCUCAGACACCAGGUGGAUCUGUGGUGAUUCAAGGCAACAAGAACCCGGCCAGCGAGAAGCUGGAAAGAGUUCGGAAGUGGAGCAUCUCCACGUAUAAGUGCACCAGGCAGGCUCUGGCUGAGAAACUCGGCCGUGGAUCUCGGACUGUGGACCUGGACCUGGAGCCUCGUCUCGAGCUGCUCAAAGACGACCGACAGCGCUACGAUCAUGUGACCAAGCUGGCUCAGACGCUAGCUAAUCAGCUGACACAGUUCGCAGUUACACAGAAGACCCUGGGGGAUGCCUUCACUGAGCUGAGCGUCAAAACGCCGACACUCCAUGUGGAGUUUGCCUUGAAUGCCGAGGCUCAGAGGUUUCUUUCUAAGAAUGGCGAGACUCUGACGACGGCCGUCAACGCCUUCACCUCCGACAUGAACACGCUAAUCAACAAGACCAUCGAGGACACCAUGAUUAAUGCCAAGCAGUACGAGGCCGCCAGGAUCGAGUACGACGCCUACCGAGUGGACCUGGAGGAGCUGAACCUGGGGCCCCGGGAUGCCGUCACCGUCCCCAAACUGGAGCUGGCCCAGAAAAACUUCCAGAGUCAGAGGGAGAAGUUCGAGAAGAUCCGAGACGACUUGUCAGUCAAAGUCAAGCUGCUGGAGGAGAACAAGGUCAAAGUCCUCCAUAAUCAGUUGUGGCUGCUCCACAGCUCGGUUGCCGCUCACAACGCAACCUGCCAUCGCUUCCUGGAGCAAAACAUCCAAAAGGCCGGCGAUCUUCUCAGCAACCCCGGAGACGUGGAUGGCCUCUCUUCCUCCUGGCUGGAGGAAAGUUGACAGUAAAAUCAAAAAAGCUGAAUUCCACCGUGCUGCAUACGGGUGGACGGGUGUGAGCUUGGUGGAGCUUUUUUUGGUGGAUCAGCGGAUGGAUGUUCAAUGGGAAAAGCUUGGGAUCACUCGACUACACAUGUUUGGAUAGAUGUAAAGUCUGGGAUUGUUAGGUAGAAGUUUAUUUAUAUAUGAAUUCAAUUUAAAUUGUGCAUUUGGGAUGAAAUGUCCAGGCUCUGCAACUCUCUGGAAAAUGAGCGCUUUAGAAAUUUAGUUUAUCCGGUGGGGGGAAUCACGCAGGCCUAGAAAAGGUACAUGUUUUAACAGUGAAACACACCAACAUACACACCCCCCCCACCUGGUUUCUGUUGGGGAGUAAAUCCAUCUAAUCCUCUAUGAGGCAUUAAGCCUUCCUUUGAAGUGUACGAAUCCUCAGCCACUGCCGUCAGAAACUCAGGGCAACUGAAAGUGCCUCAAAAAUAAUCUCAAGAAACCAAGAAAAUGUUGGCCAGCACUAUUCAUUUAUAACUUUCACAUGAGAAUAUGUCAGCUGUAGCUAUUAGCACAUUCGUAGAAUGACAAACCUCAACACUACCUCCAACCAGCUGUUUGUUUGUUGAGGAAACUCUUGGACGGCUGGUGAGUUGCUGCCUCUAAAAUUAUGUGCUGGCCUCAGAUUUAGCUUCCGUUCACCUAUUGACAGCUUGUUGUCUGUAGACAUCCAGUGCAGCUCACAGAGCCAAAGAAAUGUUGCCAUAUGGAGAUGAUGUUCGAUUGUUUGUAAUCAAAGCUAGGUUGUUUUUUGUGUUGAUGAUUGGGGGACCAAUUAAUUGAACUACGUGGACACAGAUUUAGUUUCCAGACUAGUCGUCAUGCUGGGAACCUUGUCUGGUUUGGAUCCCAAGAAACUCUACUGUCGCCGUACGCUAUUGAUGUUGCAUUGUUCCUAAUCAAAACUAGGUUGUUGACAUCCAAGGCAGAAUUUCAUUCAUAGGUUAAUCGCAGGUUUAGCUUCAGUUUCCAUUUACCUUUUUGCUGCAGUUCAGUUCAUUGUCUGGACGACCCAUGGAGCCCAAACACAUGUUGUAAAAUGUUGACGAUGUUGGUUUAUUUGUAAUCAAAAUUAGCCUGAUUUUUGUCUCUGUUGUCAAGCUGUGUCUUGACAUUUGAUGACUGCGGACCAGUUAAUCGAACUACCUGGACACAGAUUUGGUUCAUUUCAGAAAAGUUUGUCAGUUAGUUGGUAGAGGACAAAUACAGGCUAUAGCUAACUUUUAUUUUUUGGGAACACAAAGGCUGUUGAUAGACGACCAUCUAUAACUUGGAACUUGUUAACCAAAGAUCUCCUUUACAUGGCUAAAAUUUGGUGACACAAAAAAUUUGCUAUGAGCCAAAAUAAAUAUUAAGAAAAAAAACUUUACGCUGAAGAUAUUGUCUUAUUCGUAGGUAAAGAAAAGUUGUUUUUUUGCAAAUUUUUUCACUAUAUUUUCAUCAGUCUGUAAGCUUCUUCUUCUUCUUCUUCUUCUUUUUGUUUUAACCGUAAUAUUAACUACUUCCACAACUGGCCACUUAAUAAAAAGCCUCCUGAUGGUUCAUUUCACAACAGUUUGUUGGCCUGGAUUGUAAAUUUCUGCAACUUUAGUUGGACAAGAAUAGGCUGUAGCUAACUUUGAUCAUAGUCUGAGCCAUCCCUUAAGAGACUUUUAAACCAUUUAAGUUUUGGUUGUGGACAAAAUAACAAGAAACAGUAUCUUGUAUCAUAAUAUAAACUGUUACCGUUGUCAUGUCCAUUUAAAAUAAGUUCUCUUUGCACUCUAUCCAAUGCGUAGUCUGCCUUAAAUAUUUCUUGUAUUGUAAUCUACAUGUAUUCUUUUUGUUUUUGUUUGUGUAUACCUCAACAUCAACUAUGCAAGAGCGGCAGAGGAGUUUGUAUGAUUAUGUCCCAAAACAAAAAAAACCUUGUUGCAUUUCUGAAUGUGCGCACACCUCCAGUGACUCUACUCUUAAGUGAAUCCUUUGUUUUGUGGUAUUUUCAAGCUGACUCAAUGAAAACUGAAAGUUAACUUUUUAUAACGACUGCGGGUGAAUGAAUGUUUGGGGUUUUCCAGCAGCGGGAUCCUUCCCCCUCUGCCAGUAAAGCUCAAAGCUUCAUUGAUACUUUCAAUUUUCACUUGUAGACGAUGCCCAACGAGGACCACAAUGUGCAUGUGAAACAACUUGUUAUGGAUGGAAAUGUCACAAUUGCCAAAUAAACUGAGUGCAAAAUA